GUUUAUCGUAUGGGAGAAAUAAAAGGCGCAAACAGUGGCAGGUCCAGUCUCUUCUGCUGGUCAUCUUGUCGUCUGGGAGAAAAUGAAUUCGUGUCUGCUGCUGUCAUUGGUGACCAUUGUCAUGGUGCACGGCGCCCCCAGUCAGGUCAACAUGGCUAUACCAGCAGACGACAAGUACCGUUUGUCUUUCAGUCCUUACGUCGACUCGUUCCUGCACUUUGCACAACAGUUUGGUAAGACCUACAGAUCUAGAGCAGAACGUGAAAUUCGUUUCAAAAUUUUUCUGGACAACGUGAGGCAGAUUGAAAAUCACAACCGGAAAUAUCAAACCGGAGAAGUUACCUACUUUCUGGGGAUCAACCAAUUUGCUGACCUGACGUUUGAGGAGUACCAGCGUGUGAACCGACUGGGAGACUUUGCCCCACGGUUGGGGCAGGAGAGACUGUCGUGGUGUGUAGAAUACAAGGCCAGCAACUCGUCCCCCGACUCCAUGGACUGGCACGCCCGGGGGGCAGUCGGCUACGUCAAAGAGCAGGGCGGGUGUGGGGGUUGCUGGACCUUCAGCACGACGGGGUCAACUGAAGGUCAGUACUACCUAAAGACGAGGAAGAUGGCCGACUUUAGCGAGCAGCAGAUAUUGGACUGCUGCAUGGAUGUUGACUGUGACGGCUGUGAUGGCGGCUACAUGAAGGCCGCCUAUAAAUAUAUCAACCAAUCAGGAGGCUUGGAACUGGAGAAGGACUACCCUUAUAAAGCAAUGAAAGAUGUCUGCCACUCGGACAAUUCCAAGGUCAAGGUCAAGAUAACUGGCUGUGGCUACAUCAGGGAGGGUCAAGAGAGUGACCUGAAGGACGCAGUGGCCAACAUUGGACCCAUCUCUGUGGGGGUGGAUGCUGACCAUCAGACCUUCUCCACCUACCAGGGGGGUGUGUAUGAAAAUGAGAACUGUAAAAAAACUUUUCUUAAGAUGAAUCACGCCAUGUUGGUGACCGGCUAUGGCAAGACUCAGGCCGGAGUUGAAUACUGGCUUAUCAAAAACAGCUGGGGCACUACAUGGGGUGAGGAGGGCUACAUGCGACUAAAGAGAAACGCAAACAACGAAUGUGGUAUAGCAACCCUCGCCAGCUUCCCUCGGAUUGAGUUGCCAUAAACAACAGGACAUUCUAGGACGUCACGGGACAUUCUAGGACUGGAUAGGACAUUUUGGGACGACUAUUGUAUCGUGUAGCAAAUGUUUGUUCAUACAACCGUUUGUUGGAGAGUUAGGACGGAUGUUUGAACAAUGCCUGACUUUGAAGACGCUGAAAAUGCCUGACUUUGAAGACGCUGAAAAUGCCUGACUUUGAAGACGCUGAAAAUAGCCGACAAAUGAAAACUGAAUAAAACUAGCAACUUUAAUGUCCAUGUUACAGCAGCAUAACUUGAGUAAAUAUCUGGAUGGUCUGACAGAAUUGUAAAUA